CCUGACUUGCAAGUCGCCAGUUCUGAGCUAGCUUCAGAGAACAGAGAAAUGGAAAACUUAAGGAAGCUAGAAGAGUUGCAGACAACGAUGAUGUUAAUGCAAUCACACGGUAUCGUAUCCGAUUCAUCCGACCACGACUCUAAUCGCUUCGUCUCCAACCUCAUCCGUUUCAUGAUUCAACCUUGUGGAGAACUUGACUUGGGAAAGAAGUGUGCUUUGGUUUCUGAAUUCAUUCCAAAGAUUUCUUCCGGGUUUCUUGAGAAAGCCGCAACCUGCCUCACUGAAAAAGGCUUUCAACAUGUCUUUGGAGAGGAUUUAGAGCAAAACUGUGUGGACCAGACUGAUUAUGGAGAGAUGGCUGUGAUUGGGCUUGACGCAAUGCAGCGGGCAAAUUCUACCCUUGAAGAUUUUUGCAGAUCUUAUUUUAUGUUUCAUGGGAUGGAUGUAAACAAACCACAGGAACUAUUCAAAUACUUACCUGCGCUUUCAUUCACAGAAAGUUAUAUAUAUCAGCUGGAUAGUUUGAAUGAGAAAAUACUGCAUGCACCACACAAUGGAGAGAAGAUUUUAGAAAAAGGAUACGAGGAAACAGACCUGGGGUUGAUUGUUAAAUUUAUAAAAGUUUUUAAAAACGAUCCAUUUAGACCACUAGCUGCUCUACUUGGCUGUCAUGGACUUUUUACAGAGAGAAUAAGAGAAGAAUUCAAGCACGGAGAAGAGUAUUGGACUCUUGAAAGAAGGCUUUGUUGUUCUCUGGUUGACCAUAAGGAGAUAUCUGUUGAAGAUGUGAUAAAGGCAAUUCAUCUCAAAUCUUUCGAUUAUAGAGUGCUGAACCUUCUUCUGUACCAGUUGAGAGGAAUGCAGGUUAAUGAGGUGCAUAUGGAUUUCCUUUCAAUCUCGGAGUUCCUAGUGGAAGUAGCUGAUGAUCUGUUUGACUAUGAGGUGGAUGAUGUUUUAGAGAAUAAUUUCAAUAUUCUGCGCAUGUUUGUCAGAAUUUAUGGAACUUCUGCCCCUGCUAUGUUGGCAAAAUACAUAGCCGAAGCUGAAAAAAAGUACAACUUAUUAUUAAAGACUUUGGAUUCCCAAUUGUCCUUGCAUUACCAUAAAAGAUGUGAAGAAGCCACUCGAGAAGGAGGGAGUAUGUCAAAACAUCCUCUUGGGACAUGGAGUAUACCGAAACUGAUAGUAGACGAAGAAUUGUACCGAUCAAAUGUGAUCAAAUGUGUUAGAUACUAAGUGGGAAAUGUAAAUGGUUUAAACUCCUGUUAAAAUUUGAAUCUGGUUUAUCUUGUAUGGUAGUAAAUUAAAUGUAUACUCAAAGCUGAGGGACAGAAUUGUCAUGGAUACAUCAUUUAAGUUGAGUCCUAAUCUUCCAAACCAAAAGCUUUGUAAUGUUUUUGUUCAAAACAUUUUAUUCGGAGAAACUGCAUUUUAUA